AUGUCGUAUGUUGCCCAAAAUGAUGUGCUGAUCGACGAGGCUUUGCACUUCCUGCCAACCUGUGUGAGGGGUAGUGCACAGCGAAUUCAAAUUGCAUGUCGUCUGGGCUCGUUCAGAUGGCGUCAAAGUUCCCAUGUGAACGUGCUUGUGACUGCGACAAACAACAACGCAACCAAACCUACCAGCCUAACAAUCAAUUCCAACACCAUGGAGGACGGCGCAGCCAAACUGAAGCUGGAGGAUGUGCAUCAAAAGCGGACGGACGGAGCGGAACAUCACCAAGUCACAGUGAUGGAACACCAGGAGGGAGGCGAGCGGACAGCAGAUGGGGACAAGAGCAAGAGCGAGCUGAAAGAAUCUGAGAGAGCUUCGGUGAUGUGGGUGACCACGAUGGCGGACGACUUACAGCGCCUUCCACAGGAACUGUACGACGAAGUCUACGGCCUCGUCGUAUCCGAUGUCCCGCGUGCGAGCAAUAUCAAGAUCGACAAUGCCUAUAAGUCUCCGAUGGCACUGCAAAUCACGUCAAAGUCGCGAAAACAAGCAUUCCAGGUUUACUACGGCACCAACACCUUCACCUUCGCCAGUCUGGACCUCUUCCGCCAAUGGAUGACCGCUCUAUCGCUAGACUGCAGCUUGUUGCUCAAGACAGUCCACUGCAACGGCCCACAGCGCGCUUCGACUGCAAGUCCGCCAGCGACGGCAAUCGCAUCGCGAUUGUUGAAAUCGAUGGCUUCUAUGGAAGAGAUCUUGGGUCCACUGCAAGAAAAACUACAUCCCGAAUUCGUCCUCUGGCAAGAGUUCAUCGGCUAUGAGCCCAUAGGAACAUGGCUGAAGACUACAGUGAUCAGCAUCGAUGGUGAUGGCUGGUCCCCUGAGGGCUGCAAAUUCUCGAUCCUCGCGAGAGGCAGACUUAUCGAUGUCUGA